UCCCUCGCCGGCCCGCGCCAUCUAUCUGGGGGAACUCGGUCGGUGUGUCGCUGCUCGCGCGUGCACAAGUCGGAACUCGGGCAGGCAUUCUUUCUCGUGAAACUCGUGCGUCCGUUCGUACGUACGUGCGGGCGGGUGAGCGAACGGACGUGCAUGCGUGCCGUGCGUUCGUGCCGAUUGUACAGCGUGGGUUCGCUGGAGGAACAUGUGACGAAGCGUGCCCCCGCGUGUGUUUGUGCGCGCGAUCGCGAUUCCGUGCGGCGAAUCGUGUGCACGCCGCGGCCACCGGGUACCGCGAGAAAGGGAGGAGGAGGAGGAGGUGGAACAAACAACGGAGCAACGAGUGUCGGCCGCGUUUUGUCCUGAAAAUUCUUUCAGGGUCGCCGAUGCGGGGUCGGUCGUGCCUCUGUAUCGUCGCAGGGAUAAGUUUUCGCGUUCCCGAGUAGGUUUCCUCAACAUAGUUCCGUUCGCGCGAUGAUCGCGACGUGUCCGCGGAUGCGUUAGGAUAUCAGUAAAAUUGAGGAAGAACGAACGGAUCGCGGAGACGAGACGCACGGCGGCAAGACGGACAGACGGACGGGCGGACAGACGAACGGACAAACGGAGGAACGAAUGGACGAAUAGGGGGAGGGCGGACGAGGCGGAGUGGACGUUCGGUCGGGUCGGCCGAGUGCACGCGUGCACAUUGACUUUGCUCGUAGCGGUUAUGCACAGCGCGUCUGGCCGUGUGCGCCAUAUCGUGCUGCGGACGAGCGACGACGGCAGUGGUGAGAUCUCUCGCGCGAGCAGCGGUGCGCGUCCCGCCGUGUGAAUCGCGGUGAUACGCGGAGUAGUAGUACGCGGACGGACCGCGGUGACGUGUGAAGUAAGGCGGGGAAGAGUGGCGGGGGAGGAGAGGGAAGAAGAGAGGAAAAAAAAAAGAGGAACGGUCGUCGUCACCGGCAACGGCGGCGCGUCUCACAUCUCGCCGUCAUACGCGGUCAGCCCGCGUACGCGAGGGGGAGGAGGAGGAGGGAGACGGCCGCGCGGAGAAGAACAGAAAGUGGAGGAGGAGGAGGAGCAGAAUCGGUUCGUCUCGCAUGUCUGCUGAACCGCCACGCGAAUUCGGAUCAGUCCCGAUUGACAUCGUAGAGUGACCACCGUCGAAAGAAUGGAAGCCAUGGAUGCAGAUGGAGACUCCGUGGUGGAUUUGAGCAUCAGCAGUGGCAGACGCAAUUCCCCGUCCCUCUCCGUGAAUUCUGCCGACGUUCCGCUGGAUCUGGGAGUUCACUUUUCCACUGGUUCCAAUUUGGAGAAUAGCAUGCCGGAAGCACGUAAUAUACAAAACGCUGCCCGUGGCAUCCUGGCGCCUAAACGCUCGUCGCACGGGGACGAACGUAAGCAACGUCGUAAUCUUAGACCUAGAAUCGAAAGGAGCUACGCCGAGAGCCCCGAUGAACCUAGAAUGAACGGAUAUCUAAAUGGAAAUGCAUCGGACAGCGAUGAAGGCGACAUGCCUCCGUUGCUGCCGAUCAAGGAACUGUCAUCCGACGAAUUAGCCGAGCGCGAAAGAAUGCUCAGAAAGUAUAAGGAGGAACUCAAGUCGGAGGAAAUGAAAUUAGUACUUUUGAAGAAGCUGCGUCAGUCUCAGCAACUUAAGGAGAACAUCGCGGCGGCACCCAAAGUUCUCAGCAAACUACCACCUCCAGUAACAGCGCAGCAAGUGCCUCACAGAGCUGGGAAAGCGCCACCGCCUUUACUUAAGGGUCAACCCGCACCAAGCAGAAGUAGUAGUUUGCAUGCUCCACCACCGGGCAUGGUACUACCUCCUACCGCCGGUCGAAAUGCCAUUCCAAGUACAGGCGGAAUGCCUCCGAACAUGGUGAUACCGCAACCACCUCAUCCUAGAGGAAGACCACCCAGUGUUGCGGCGGCAACUGUCUCGAGUUAUCACGCGCCAACGGACAGAACGGAGAGAUCUACGAAAGAUCCAACGCCGACUCCUGCGCAUCAAGUAAGUAAGCUGCUUGCUGGAUCGCAAGAAAAUAAAACCACCACAUCCUUAAGCACACCUGUGAAUUCGGAACAGGAAAAAACAACGCGAGACGAGACACCCGCUCAACGUCAAGCAGCUGCCAAAAUGGCCCUAAGAAAACAGCUCGAGAAAACAUUGUUGCAAAUACCACCGCCGAAACCGCCGCCUCCGGAGAUGCACUUUGUACCGAAUCCCUCCAAUACGGAAUUCAUAUAUCUGGUUGGUUUGGAACACGUGGUCGAUUUUAUAACGAAGGAACCGGCGGUACCACCACCUCCUGAACCAUUCGAGUGCUCGCAAUGCAAAACCGAUUUCACGCCCGUGUGGAAAUGGGAGAAACCUCUGCCUGGUGGUAAGAAGGACAGUCCUAGAGGGCAACAUGCGACUUUCCAACGACCAUCAGCGGGUCGCGAUCCAAGAGUCAUAUGUGAACACUGUGUGACGACUAAUGUGAAGAAAGCGUUGAAGGCAGAGCACACUAAUCGAUUAAAAACUGCUUUCGUAAAAGCGCUACAGCAAGAACAGGAGAUAGAGCAAAGGCUAGCGCAAGCGGCAUGUCCGAGUCCAGAUCCUCCUGCUCCGAAACCAGUUCCUAAGGCAGCCACUCCUACAAGAAGAGUAGCUACACCGCCUGCGCCUCCGCCGCAGGUACCGCCGGCACCUACGUUGACGCCGACGCCUCCCGCGCCGAAGCUGCAAGAGCAUCCCUUGGUGAAGCUGGCUGAGAGUGGGAAGUUUAAUCCGCAUCAUGCAGCUGCUGCGGCAGCCUUGCAGCAACAAUUGCUCAGAGAAUUGGCGAAGAAUCCGGUAGCAGCGGGUCUACCACCGCAUCAACCUCUUCCUGCUCAUAUGAUGCCGCAUUUUACCUCGAUACUGUAUCCCUACCAAUUAGCAAUGGCUGCUGGUGGCAAGGGCCUUGUAGAGCUACAACGACAAGCGGCGGACCUUCAACGUCAAUAUCUGCUUGACAUGAUUCCGUCGCAGGCAUCUCAAGCGCAAGGCAAUCAAGCACCACCCAGAGCCCAUCCACACAACUGGAAAACGUAACCGGACGCAUUUAAAGGAUGAUGUAGCAGUAAGUGCGAAUAAACAGUGAACCUGUGUAACGGAAAAUGAAGAAGCUAAGGGAGAAUCUAGUAAAGUGUGCAGUCAUAAUUCUGUGCGUCUGAAUGUUACUAUGCCAAUCGCAACGUUAGUGUCUCAGUUAAGGAGAAGCUCAAGUACGUCAGAAGAAUGACAUUCGUUAGUAUUGUAUAAAGAAUAAUUAAUCGUUGUGAAUAUGUCAAUUGACGUGUACGUUUUAUGACUUUAUUGUUAUCUAAGGGGUAAAGGUUUAAUUUCCGUCAUUGAAACACGCACUCAACGUUACGUAUGAGUUGGGGUACAGAAUCGCGUCGCGUCCAAGUGAUUCAUCGUUUAAUGGAGGCCAAACGGAUUCUCCCGAAAUGGAAAUGUGUCGCUCAUUUCCUUUUUCCUGAUCUUUCCUUAUAUAUAUAUCCGUUAUUAUUUCGUUAAUGUGUCGUUAACGUUGUCCACUGAACAGCUGAUAUAUAAACAUAAUAAUUAAUUUAAGCGUAUCGACAAGCAUAUUAUAACAUUAAAUGCAAUUGCUUGAAUUAUAAACCCAGAGUUGUUUAACUAGACGCGAGUGAGCGAUCACCUCUUCACUCUUACUGUAUUAUUUUUUUAAACUAUUCAAUAUCAUAUUUUGUAUUAUUUUUUUUGUACUAUUUCGUAUUACUUUUCAUAACAUUCUUUCAUCUCUUUUUUUGUUAUGUUAAUGAAUUUUAUUAUUAACAAGUAAUAUUAUCCAUUUGUGCAAGAUUCUAUUAUUGUAUUUCUUCUGUAUCAUUUUCUUGCUUUGCCAUUUACAAGGAGUAUUUAAUAUGAUAGAAAGUAAAGUAAAAAUGCUCGCUCUCUCGCGUGACGAUAUCACAAGUUAGACAACUCUGUUAUACAACAUAAAUAUAAAGAACCAAAUAGACAUUUACAAGGCACUAAAUAAAUCAAUAAUAAGUGUAAAACGACUGCAAAUCAGAUUAUUAACAAUAAUAGUUAUAAUUGCGGGAGGGAAGACACGAGAGUGUAAAACGAGGUAACGAAGUUGAUGGAAAGGAUCUUUUUAGGCCCUUAGAUAGUUAAGACGAUUUUUGCCGUUGGUUCCAAUGAGUGUUGUGAUCAUCGGCAGUACCUGUACUAUGUGUAUAUCUCAUUAUUUUCUCCGAACUUAUAUUUUAAGGCGAGUUUAAUGCAAGAUAGGGCUGUAGCUGCAUACGAGAAAAAAGAAAAAAAAUAACCUUUGUAAGAAAGCGCGUGUGAGUGAUGAUAAGCCAGCACAUGUGAGAUGUAUAGCAAUCUUUUUCUCUCUUGACAUACGGCGGAGUAUGCAUCGGCGAGUUUUUUUUUUUUUUUUUUUUUUUUGUGAAAAGCGACACGAAUGAUUAUUCGCGCACAAAUAUGAUUUUCACAUGCGACGUUAAGUCGCAUGUCAAGUCGGACUCGUGUCACGCGCGGAAUUAUACACUCUCGGGCGAUGUAUACACGACUUAAACUUGAACAAUUCUUGUACGUUAAAAACGAGACUCAGACGAAUCUGAAAUGGUAAUUCGGGAUUCGAGUUAACGCAGCGCGAUUGAUUUCAUGUCACAUUUGAUGUAAAAGUAUUUAAAGAAACUUAACUAGAAAAGAUACGUAAUCGAGAUUUUUGCGAAUUGUUACAACACGGCGACCGCCGGGUUUUUACGACGUCCUCUAUGAGUCUGCACUUGAACGAGUUAAAAAAAGAACGUAUCCGGCACUUGUCCCCAUUAAUACCAGUCCUCCACCCCCCUUCCUCCUCCACUAAUAGUCUGAUUUAAUUAAUUCUGGGCUAACCGAUCUUGGUCUUAUACAUUUCCGAAUCAAUUAAUAUAUAGUACUAUAGUCUUGAUAUUUCUCGAUAUAUGAUACAACUUAAUAAACUAAAAUAGCGCAUAAUCAUCUCUCUUUGUACUACGUGAUAGAUUUUGAACUCGUACUUGAUAUACAUGUACACCAUAAUAAGUCUACGAUCGCAUAAUAGAUCAAGAUCUGUGUUUUUUGUGUAAGAGAAAACGUAAUAAUAUGUCGUCGUCAACUAAUUACCGUCAUCGGGGCACUACCGUCGUCGUCGUUGUUGUCGUUAUCCUAAAAUGAGAUCCGGGAGCGAAAUAGAAUGACAACCUGAAGAAGGAGAGAGUCUUAAAAGCUUGAACGUACUUCUCCAAGAAAACUGAGCAAUAUUUUACAUAAUUUGGAUAAUUAAAGGCUUUAUUUCCAAGUUGUUUUACGUUAAAAAAAUUUGCUCUUUAAGCAAUCAGGUUAAAAUGCAAAAAAUAAUUACAUGUUAUAUUCAUUAAAAUUAAUUAUGAUUUAUAAUUAUUAGUUAUAAGUCAUAUCUUCUAGUGUUUAUUCAUUGAAUUGUCUAAAUUGAUUCAAUAUGUGUUUAUUAAUUUAAGAAAUAACGAUUGGAAUUUUAAUAUUUUCGAUGAUUACUUAAAACUACUUGGAAAUAAGCUUAUCAAUUCCGCAAUCACUUGCGACAUCUUAUAUAACAAACAUAAGAAUCACUGUGGGAAUUCAAAUUCUCAAUUUACUUUUUACCGAUGUAUAAACGGAUGAUAUAUAAAAGAUUACUUUAUUUUUCUUUAUAAAAUUAAUGGCACAAGAAUAUGCUUGAUAUGACUCUUGGAAUUUACCGAUUCGGUAAAAAAUAAAUUAUCAUCAUCAUCAUCGUCAUUAUUAUCAGCAUCGUGAUUAUCAUCAUUAUUCAUCAUUACCAUCAUUAUUCAUCAUUAUCAUUAUCCACAAAUAGAUUAUCAGCAUUCGGUAAUCGCGUCUCGUUUCUCAUAAAUAAAAGGAAUACAUUUCUUUCUAAUUUUCUUUUCUAGUCUUGUCUCUUUUUAAUCUCUGUGUGGUGCUGUUAGCAAUUAAGCACUUUCAAAGUGCGAGAGAAUUUUAUAUCCUAAAAAA